GGGAUUUGCAUGUUUACAAUUAGCAUUCAGUCGUGUCGCAUAGAAGAAUUUCACUGAUUACUUCUUCCCGAUGUACAAAUUGACUCCAAUUUAGCAGUCACUUCAAAGACACUUUUGCUUUUACUGACAUUGUUGCUGAGGUUUGUGAGUGAGGCAAGUGAGAAAGGAUGACCACAGAUCUCAAGAACAUCUACAAGGCCAUCCUCAGAUGUGUUCUCAAGGAUCAGAUACAGCUGCUGGUUCAUCAGCUGUCAGAGCACACAGGAGAUGAGACGGCGGUGAUCACUGCCAACGUGACAGAGCGUUGUCAUGGUAACCUGGGCUCCACCCCCGGUAACAAGUUCCUCCAGCAGAACACCUGUUUUAAAGAACAAUUCCUUAACUUCUGUCUGGGACACCAUGACGGAUCGAGUCGUUUUGCACAUCACCCACCCAGCCAAUCUCCUGGAAAUUUAUCUGCUCAAAUCGCUAGCAAGUUGAAACCUGACAAGGGGAAAACCACCACGCGCAGCGGUCCUUACUCAAAGAAAACCACCCGACGGCAACUGAAACCAAAACCACAAGCAAAACCUCAUGAGGCAAAAGGUCACAUGUUUGAGAACAAGUCUGAAGUUGGUCAGAUUGUAAAUGUGCCUGUGAAUGAGAAUACUGUCAAGGUAAAUGUGAGUUCUACUGUCAGUCAAGAUCAAGGAAAAGGUCAAGGUCACGAGGCAGAGGGCAGAGGUCAUGAUGUGGAUAAUGAUAGAGAACUGACAGAGAGCACUGGCUCUCCAUUGAUGGAUGCUGCAGACCAGCUAGCUGUUCCCAUGACAACAAACUCCUCUGCAGCGGCUAGGAAUAGCAAGCGCAAGGCAGCAGUGCCAUUCAGACGCUACCACGACCCCUACGAUCUAGGGGCCACAGCUUUGUCAUCCAAUCAAUCAAGGGAUACAAAUGAGUCAGUCAGCCAACCAAGGGCCACAACCAUCUCAUCCAGUCAAUCAAGGGACACUACUAUGUCCUCCAGCCAUUCAGGGGACACAACUCUUUCCUACAAUUACACAUUGGACUCAUCUCUGUCUACCACACACUCAAAGAACUCAACUCAGUUAUACAGUGAUACAAGGGCCACAACUCUGUUCCCUAGCAACGUGAGUGCCUCAACUCUGUUCCCAGGCAACGUGAGUGCCAUAAAUCUGUCAUCCAGCUAUUCAAGCAGCACAACUCUGCCAUCAAUUAACUCAGGAGCCCCAACUUUGUCAACCAGUAUCUUAAGGGUACCAGCUCCGUUACCUAGCAACACAAAGUCUUCAACUGAGUCUACCAAUGAUGCAAGGGCUGUAACUCUUCCCCCUGGGUACAUCCAACAAAUCUCGAGUCCUUCCUCACUUCUUGGAACCAUUGAACUUAAAACAGAGCCAGAGGGAAUCCUUGACCUGUCAACAACUGAAACAAGGGAGGUUAUCCAGUCCCCUGGCUACAUCAAACUAAAUUACAUCCCUUGUCCAGCAAUGGGGGUCAUUGUGCCAAAAUUGGAACCACUGUAUACAACUGAAAUGUCAACUGAUGAUGAAACAACAUCAGCUUCAUCCCUGGGCCGAAUCCAAAGGAAUUCCAUCCGUGGUGCCCCACCCAUGGCAACCAUGGAAUUGAAAGUGACCCCAGAGACAUCAUCUAUGCUGCUACCAGUUUACCGGGAAAGCAUUUUCCCUGAACAAAGCCCAUCGUCCAUGUCGAGCCCAUCCCGGUCACAACAGUCUUCAGGCGAUUCUACACCACAGGAAUCCAAUUAUCCUGACGGACGACUUGUGUCACGCGGUGAUGAGCGUUUUGAAAAACUCAUUGACUGCGAAAUUUGUGGGAAAAUGUGCCGAACCAGUAAUAUGGCGCGACACAGAAAACGGUACUGCCUGCUGUCAACUUCAAGGCACGAGCUAUUGGAGGACAAUAGUCCCGGUGUACAGGGGUUUUGUUCAGAAUCGGAGGAAAAUUCCUGGUCUAUCUAUGGAGGAAAAGGAUUACAAGAAAAGUCGCAAUAAAGCAGAAAAUAUAAGACUGUUAUAGGCAGUUUAGGUGAAAAUAUAAAUAAUUAUAAACAAAGACACUCUAGUGAUAUUGUUUUGUUUUAGAGGUAUUUAACUUAGUUAGUUGAAAUAAAUGUUUUUAAUGUG